AUGGAAGAGAAACUUGAGACAGGGAAUUAUUAUGAUCCCUAUCGAACCUAUUCCGGUGAUGGCGAAAAGAUAGAAAAUUACAAUCGUGACCCCACUCUGGUUUCCGUCGAAUCCGAACACAAUAAUGAUAUUCAACAAGGCACUAAGCGUGGUCUUAAUGCCAGACAUAUCCAGAUGAUUUCUUUAGGCGGUGCCAUUGGUACUGGUCUGUUCUUGAACUCUGGCGGUAACAUUGCUGAGGCUGGUCCCGCAGGUGCCUUGAUCGCUUACUGCAUCGUUGGUUUCAUGGUUUACUGUAUGAUGACAUGUCUCGGAGAAAUGGCCACCUUUUUGCCAGUUUCUGGAUCGUUCAGUCAUUACGCCACCCGAUUCAUUGAACCUGCAUGGGGCUUUGCAUUAGGCUGGAAUUAUUGGUUUUCGUGGGCUGUGACGAUUGCUACUGAACUUUCAGCGGCGGCCACCAUCAUUAACUGGUGGCGACCGGUCAUGCCAGAUGCAGCAUGGUCUGCGAUUUUUUUGGUGUUGAUCAUUGCCAUCAAUCUUUUCGGUGUCCGUAUCUACGGUGAACUGGAGUAUUGGUUCGCUCUUAUCAAGAUUCUCAUUGUCAUUGUCUUUGUGAUCAUCGCGAUCUGUGUCACCACGGGUGGUCUGGGAGGUCACGUUAUUGGAUUUGAAUACUGGAAAGACCCUGGUGCUUUUGCCAACGGUGUUCUGGGUACCAUCAGCGUAUUGCUGGCGGCCGGUUUCUCUUUCCAGGGUACUGAAAUUGUCGGUAUCACGGCUGGUGAAGCCAAGAACCCCACCAAGACAGUGCCUCGUGCUAUUCGCAAUACCUUUUGGCGUAUCAUUUUCUUUUACCUUGUCACCAUCUUCUUGCUUGGCUUGUGUAUUCCUAACACCGAUCCUGAUCUUGCCAGCUCAGCAGACAAUGCCGCCGUUGCUUCCUUCACCUUGGUCUUCAAACUUGCAGGCAUUGAAGCAGGUGCUCACGUUAUUAACGCCAUUAUUCUCACCAGUGUGCUCUCUGCCGCCAAUUCCUCACUUUAUACCUGUUCGCGUAUGGUCAUGGCUCUCGCCCGUGACGGAAAUGCUCCGCGCAUCUUAUCGCGUGUGAACAAGCACGGUUCGCCUCAUUGGGCUGUGCUCUUCUCUUCCGUUAUUGGUUUUGCAUGUGUGUUUGUCUCCAUUUACAGUGCUUCCGAAGGUUUCGUCUGGUUCUUGAGUAUCACCGCUGUCACUGGUUUCAUCAGUUGGUGGGGUGUCGCUGUUGUCCAUCUUCGUUUCCGACGUGCCUACGUUCGACAGGGCCGUGAUUUGAAGGAUUUGACCUACAAAUCCAUGGCUCACCCUUUCUCUGCAUUGUUCGCCGCCAUUCUUAGUACUUUGAUCAUCCUCGGUCAAGGUUACAUUGCAUUCUAUCCCAAAUGGAAUACUCUUGACUUUUUCAAGAGUUACAUCGGUCUCGUUCCCGUCGUCUUAUGUUAUGUUGGCUUCAAAAUCUUUGGUAAAUCCAAGGUCGUGCCCUUGGAUGAAGUUGAUUUCGAUACCGGUCGUGUGACUCAUCUCGAUGAGGAAGACGAAGAAGAGGCCGCCAGAGAUGCCAAGUGGUGGAUGAAGUUGUACCAUGCCCUUGCCUAA